AAAAUGUUACGUUCAUGUAUUUCGCAAAUUGCACGAAUUCCAUGCUCCUCGCUUCAAACAAGCAUACGGCAUUAUGCCGCUCCACCGAAACGGUUCUACAAAAACACGGGCGUUAUUUCUAGCAACGGUCGGUACGAAAUAACGCUCGAUAGUCGUAAGCUAAAAACACCACGAGGAUUACCGUUUUACGUCGAAAGUGAGCCGCUUGCUAUCGCGAUUGCUACGGAAUGGGACGCACAGAAGGAUGUGAUUGAUCGAUCGUCGAUGCAUUUGACCGCUUUAAGCAGCACAGUGAUCGAUAAUCCCAACAGUCUGCAGAAGCACGACAUGGUGAAUUAUUUGGUCAAUUACAUCAACACCGACACCGUUUUGUUCCACUCGAGCGAAGAACCAGAGCUGAAAAAGCUGCAACAGCAAGAAUGGACACCGAUAGUCGAAUGGUGCAACAAACGGUAUGAAAUCAAUCUUGCCUCCACGGAUUCACUCGUCGUGCCAACGUUUGAGCCUGGCAUGGCAAUGAACUUGAGUCGUUACUUUUCCUCCUACAAUGCGGCCGCCCUUCACGGCUUUGUGUUCGCGGUGGAUACGAUCAAAUCGAUCAUACUGACGAUGGCUUGCGUCGACCGGUACAUACCGAUCGAGAAGGCUGUUCAGCUCGCGCGGCUUGAGGAAGAAUUUCAGCAGGGACACUGGGGCAAGGUAGAGUGGGCCCAUGAUAUACAGCGGCUAGAUUCGCAGGCCCGACUUGCUUCGGCCGUUCUGUACAUCUAUUUCAACACGAGCAACGCAUUUGUGAAGGAGAAAAUUUCACUCUAAAAAAGGGACAAACACAAGGGUGGAGAAUGGAAUAUAAAU